GGCUCUAAGGGCCCCACGGUGACGUUGGCUCUCCCGUAAGGUAUCGAGCUAUCAAGCACUGUUGUUUACAGUUCUUCCAGAUUCCUUCCCACGGAAAAAGAGAGCGGAAACCGAAAGCUCUUUGCACUCCGCCCGCUCGAUCCUUCUUCCUAUCCCCUCCUUCGCUGACUCCACUAUUCAUCUCCGUCUGUCCUCACAAGAAAGACGAGGUUUUUGAGCCUCCUGCUUGGACCAAGUUCGCGAGGUAGAGUCCUUCAUAAAGACUCGACUUUUGAGCGUCUUACUUUGACUAAGUUUGCAAGGCAGAAUCCUUCAGAAAGACUCGAUUUUUGUGGCGUCCCACGUCGACUAAGUGUCGCCAAAGCCUCUUCUGCUGGGAGGUCCUCUCUGCUGCGCUUGUUACGUUGGGUUCUGCCAGUGAAGCUCUUGCUCUGUCAUGACUUAAACUGCAGAAUUUGAAGCCUUUCGUAUUCGUGCAUUUAUAAUCCACGUGACCGUGUGGAAGAUGAAGUCAUUCAGCUCUGGCUCUCUUCAAACAGAUCCCUCAAAUAGGAAAUUAUGCUCUUGUAGCAUCUUCCAUGCAGCUGCUUUCCUGUGUAUGGUGUUCGUUGUCGGGACUUCCUUUGUUGCAUUUGACUAUAAGGAGAAGAUGUCAGCUGAGAUCCCCACUGACGCCGUAGAGAUCACUCGAGGCAAUUUGCAAACUGACCUAUCAAAAUUACAGACCCCUCGAGCAAAUUCAUGGUCCCAUGAGUCCACUCAGUCCAAGUCAUGCGAGAGUCCUUGCAUAUCUUCGGGGAGUGAACCAUUACCUAAAGGAAUUGUUAUGAGGAAGUCAGACCUGGAAAUGGUGCCUCUAUGGGGUCCUCCAAAAGCAAAGGAAAGUGUCAGUUCACAGAAAAGUUUAUUGGCGAUUCCGGUUGGAAUAAAGCAAAAGGAAAUCGUGAAUAAGAUUGUAACGAAGUUUGCUUCCCAUGACUUCACUGUGAUGCUUUUUCACUAUGAUGGUGUUGUUGAUGAAUGGAAAGAUUUACAAUGGAGUGAGGGCGCUCUACAUAUUUCUGCAAUCAAUCAAACAAAAUGGUGGUUUGCAAAGCGCUUCUUACAUCCAGACAUAGUUGCACCAUACAGGUAUAUCUUCCUAUGGGAUGAGGACCUUGAAGUGCAAAAUUUUCAUCCUGAAAGAUACUUGAGCAUUGUUGAGAGGGAAGGCUUAGAGAUAUCACAACCUGCACUUGACCCUGCGAAAUCUCAGAUUCACCAUCAAAUUACUGCACGAUUAAGGAAAGGGCACGUGCACAGAAGGAUGUACAAGUUCAAUGGUGGUGGAAAAUGUUCCAAGAAAAGCAGUAGCCCUCCAUGUACUGGGUGGGUAGAAAUGAUGGCUCCUGUUUUCUCAAGAGCUGCCUGGCGUUGUGCAUGGCAUAUGAUUCAAAAUGACUUGAUUUAUGCAUGGGGUCUCGAUAUGAAUCUUGGUUACUGUGCUCAGGGUGACCGCACCAAAAAAGUUGGGGUGGUGGACAGUGAAUACAUAGUUCAUACGGGGCUGCCUACACUUGGUGGGUCUGAUGAGAAAAUGGGAUCUUCCGAUUUGCAUGCUGCUAAUCACAGAUUUGCAGUGAGACGGCGGUCUUAUGUGGAACUCGAGAUCUUUCGGAACAGAUGGCAGAAGGCCAUGGCAGAAGAUAAAUGCUGGACCAAUUCAUACCCUGAACACUGACAAAUUCGAAGAGAGAUAGUAGUAGUAACUUAUCGUCCAUGGCAGAAGAUAAAUGCUGGACCAAUUCAUACCUUGAACCCUGACAAAUUCGAAGAGAGAUACUAGUAGUAACUUAUCGUCGAUGAGAAGAUCCAUGUACAAUUGCUAGUAAAGCUCAAAGCUUGUUUCAAGUGUAUAGUGCAAAUCAUGUAUAAACUCUUGGAUUAUAUUUUUCUUGGCAUAAUAAUUAAUGAUAUCGAUAGUGGUGCAGUAUAUCUGG